UUUAUAAACAUUUUUUUUUUCAGAAAUAGUUGGAUGGAUGUUUUUUGUUAUAAUUUAGUGUAAAAAAAUAUUUACCAAAACAAUAUGAUAAAUAAUGGGAAACAGUUGCUUUAAAAAUGAGCCCACAUAUGCAAGAUAUCAUUCAAAUACAAAAAACAAUGAACCAAAUUUAGAUAAUGUUGUUGGUUCUCUAUUAGAAAUGGACCCAAGUCUUCAAGAUCGCGAUGAAGGUGUAACAAAGAUAAAUUCAUGGAUAGAGGAGAUCGGACCAGAGAUGUGCAUGUCACCUGAACACUUAGAGAUAAGUCGUUGGAAAUGUAUUAAGUAUUGGGAGGCACAACAUACUUGUGAUAUAUACGGAAAUGAAUAUUCUUCAGGGCUUAAACUGACUGGAUCAUGUGUAAGAUUUUAUUUUGAAAAGAGACUUGAUGGUUCACCACCACGUUUAGUUAUUGAGCAUUAUGGGAGAUCUGUUAAUAUGCCAAAUAAUGAGUCAAAACUUUUAUCUACAUGGGCUCAUAACUUAAGGAAUUCAUUCAGACGUAAAAACAAAACCUUGAAAAUUUUCUCCAAUGACAGUGCUGGAGACAAAAGUUUAUAAUUUAUUUGGCUAUAGUUUUAUCAAGGUUUUUGUUAAAUUCUUCUAUAAGAAAAAUAGAAGUGGUAA